CCUUACAGUCUUAUUAUCACUUACUUUUUCCUGGGGAUUACUACCCCGUUCUCAUUAUCGAUAUAUCUUUGAAAUGAAGGAGGAGGAUAGCCGAGCACCACUCAUAUUGGGUGUCGUUUUAACCUUACUGUUGCUGACUUUCAGUGUUGUACUUCUACGUGUAUACACUCGAGCUAUACUGCUGAAGCAACUAGGUGCCGACGAUAUCUGGGCUAUGCUGUCUUUUGCUUCAAUUGCUGCAUGUGCAUUCAGCAUACUGCUAGGCCUUAAAUAUGGACUUGGUAGACAUGAGGUAUUCUUAACAGAAGAGGAAUCCAAGAACUAUUUCAAGCUGUUUUAUGUUAGCAUCAUUCUAUACCUUAUAUCCCUGGGCGCAAUUAAAACAACGCUCCUUUGUCAAUACUAUCGCGCAUUUGCCAUAAACAAGAUAAAGACGGUUCUCUUGGUCACAAUCGUUUUUGUUUCAGCCUGGAGCAUUUCUCAGAUUUUCCUUAAUAUCUUUGUUUGCACCCCCAUAGCUGCUUUCUGGGAUAGAGCUGUCCAAGGCAAAUGCAUUCCGAGAAACCCAACGUGUAAUUCCCUUUCCAGUGGUGAUGAAACUGAAUCUUGCUCGUCGGCAGCGCUUUGUCCUGCUUGGGGUUUUCUGCGUUGGCUUUCUUACUUACCUUACCUGGGUAAACGUCGAGCCAGCGUGUUGGUCGUUCACUGAACUUUGUUGCGGGCUGCUAUGCGCUUGCGUCCCAACACUGCGACCUUUCGUUUCACGGUAUCUUCCGUCAAUGUCCAGCUACAAUCGCUCGAGAAAGUCAUAUGCUGCCAAUCAGCUACCUGAGCAGAGCACUUCCACUCGUUACCACGAUAUCGAACUUCAAAACAGACGCCAUAUACAGGACGAUUUGCUUCAAGACGAUAGCCAGUCUACUAGGAUACUAUGCGUGUCCGAAUUCACAGUGACAGAGACAAGGGAAUUGGCGGACUCGAAGCACAGGGAGAGGGAAGAAGAUGACGAGGUUUUAUUGGUAUCUCAUGUGUUUGCCGACCCUCGUCCAAUCGAGAAAGCGAGGACCAGGCCAGGCAAGUCACUAGCUACAGAUUAGAUAUACGCAGCGUCAGAGAGGGCUAUUUGAGCUUG